GUGUGCUUCGUGCCUGCGGCCUCCUGCGGCUCAGAAGCGCCGGGACACAGAGGAGGUGCCGCUGAUCGAGUCCAGCUGUGGGGAGAACUGUAGAGAGUUGGGGGCGCUCAUUUGCAUUGCUAAAUAUUCUGCAGCGACAGAGACGGAACAGGCCGCUUUGGGAUCACUUCCCCUGAACAGUUGAACAGUUGGUGCGCGCGGACAGCUAAUGAAAACCUGGUGCUCGCGUAAAGGCGCGUAGUGGUGGGGGGCGGUGUGUGCCCUGCUGGCGAGUGGCGAAGGGAACUCGGGGAGAGCGGACGGGUCGUCUCGUGUUUAAAGGAAACUUUAUAGAAGCCAAAACAAACCUUUGAAAUGCGUGGCUUCAGAUUAUGCUCCUCCAAGAGGAUGUUGGCAGCUUUGGUAUUUAUUCUACUGUUUAUUCACCCCGGGCACGGACAGACUUGUUCGGAGGGGUUUGCCUAUGACAGAAGGGCUCGACAGUGCAUAGAUGUGGAUGAGUGCCGCUCUAUACCAGAUGCCUGCAGAGGAGACAUGCGCUGCGUCAACCAGAACGGAGGGUAUUUGUGCAUCCCGCGGGGACUCUACAGCCAGUCCUACAGACCCGAGGUCCCGGCCCUGCCCGAGCCGGUGUACCCCGACACCUCAGGGGGGGCAGGGGGGUACCAAAAUCCCUCCACGGGGGUCGGGGGUUACACCGACACGUUCCUGCCUGGUCCUCCUCGAUCUGUGGAGCCCAGCUAUCCCCGAGUCAGGGGCACCGCUCCCUGCACUUUAGGAUACGCGCUGGCAGAGGACGGCACCUGUAACGAUAUAGACGAGUGUGAAACCAACUCCCACCACUGUAAUCCAACUCAGGUGUGCAUCAACCAGGCUGGAGGGUACACCUGCUCCUGCAUCGAGGGCUACUGGCUCAUCGGGGGGCAGUGUCAUGAUAUUGAUGAAUGUCGCUAUGGUUACUGCCAGCAGCUGUGUGCCAAUGUGGCAGGGUCCUACUCCUGCUCCUGUAACCCCGGCUUUGUGCUCAACCCAGACGGACGCACCUGUCAAGAUGUGGACGAAUGUGAAGAUGAGCCCUGUAGUCACGGCUGCUUUAACACUUACGGUUCAUUUAUGUGCAACUGUGACGAAGGCUUUGAGCUGGCCGCCGAUGGGACCACCUGCAUGGAUCUGGAUGAAUGCAGUUUCUCCGAGUUUCUAUGUCAGAACAGAUGUGUGAAUAUUCCAGGCUCCUUCACCUGUAUCUGUCCCCCCGGGUACUACGUUUACGAGGAUGGGCGGAGCUGUGAAGAUUACAAUGAAUGUGAAACUGGAAACAACACAUGUACAUUGGAACAAGUGUGUUUCAACUACCAGGGAGGCUACACUUGUCUGAACCCACUACAAUGUCCAACACCUUAUGUCGAAGUUAGCGACAAUCAGUGCAUGUGCUCUGCUGAGAACCCCCAGUGCCGAGACAAGCCCUUCACCAUCCUGUACCGCCACAUGGACCUGUCCUCCGGCCGCUCCGUCCCAGCAGACAUAUUCCAGAUGCAGGCCACCACGCGGUAUCCAGGGGCCUUCUACAUCUUCCAGAUCAAAUCUGGCAAUGAGGGACGGGAGUUUUACAUGAGGCAAACCAGUAACGUGAGUGCGACGCUGGUUCUGACACGACCGCUCAAAGGCCCUAAAGUCUUGGUUUUGGAUUUGGAGAUGGUCACCGUCAACAACGUGAUAAACUUCAGAGGCAGCUCCAUCAUCCGUCUGACCAUAUACGUGUCCGAGCACCCUUUCUAAGCAGCACCCAAUCAGAGCACCCACUGUGAGGUCAGGUUACGCUAAUGGACCACGUCACUCGCCCCUUUUGCAAACUCUUCGUCACGAUUCGCCUGAAGUAUUGGUUUCGGUAACAUCACUUCUAUGUUUUCAAAUUAUGUCAUUGGUCCAGUACAGGAACAGGUGAUGACACAAAAAACACCCUUUUUAUGUGGACACUUUUCUUAUUGUUGAAAAUAUGGACUGUUUUUACACAGGAAUAUUUAUAUACAAAUUAUAAUACUAUUUGUGAAACAUAACCAGCUUUACUCAAAUUGCACUUAUGGUUUUGAAAUGUUGCCAGUUUAUUUUGAAAUUCAGUCAGAUUUGUAAAAAAAAAAAAAAAAAACAUGUAACACAACCAAAGAUUUUCUGAGUAUUUGAUCACACAAAAUAAAUGUCUUCACCACUUAUAUUGUUUAUUCUGACCUAGCUAUACAUAACAUUAUAUAUCAAAUCAGCAAGUUUAAGGGUUUUUCUUUGUAAUUGGAUAUCUAUAGGAAGAAAGCAGCCAAUCAGAAAGCAGCAUGUCUUCAGGGAAGCUUAAAUAGUGUCCGGGAAUGAGACAGCCUUUUAGAGGGAAGGAGGAGGAGAGAGAGUGACAGAAAAAGAGAGAGAGGAGGAGGAGAUAAAGCAAACCUGAGACUCUGCAUUAUAACAGCCAGUGUGGACAAAGCACA